CAGCUAGUGAAAUGUUAGAUCCAACUAUGGCAAACUACGUUGACAUCUUGGUUAAUCAAAUGAUUAAAAAGCCAGAAGCAGUUCUUGAUCGUCUUGCAUCUGAUCAGCGAGUUACAGAGAUCUCAAACAUAGGUCUAUCUAAAUUCUUAUACUGCAAUGGACAAGCUUUACCCCUUCCCAGAUUGAGCAAUGAAGAACGAAAGGACAUUAGAAAAGACAUAGAUAUGGCAUUGGUGAGGUUAACAAGAUGGGAAAAAACUUCAAAUGAGGCAGUACCUCAGCUGAAUCUAAGAGCUAUCAAGAAAAAGCACCGAGACAGAAAGGAGUCUCAAGAGAGUUUGUGUAAAAGCCCUGACGAGUAUGUGACAGCCAGAGAGGACCAGCAGGAAGGUUCUCAAGAUGCCAUAUUAUUGAGGGUAGAUCUGGAGGAGAUGCAACAGCCUGGAGUUACUGGAGUUAAUGGAGUUACUGGGGUUACUGGGGUUAAUGGGGUUACUGGAGUUAAUGGGGUUACUGGAGUUACUGGAGUUACUGGAGUUACUGGAGUUACUGGAGUUACUGGAGUUAAUGGGGUUACUGGAGUUAAUGGGGUUACUGGAGUUAAUGGAGUUACUGGUGUUACUGGAGUUACUGGAGUUACUGGGGUUACUGGGGUUACUGGAGUUACUGGAGUUAAUGGGGUUACUGGAGUUACUGGAGUUACUGGGGUUACUGGAGUUACUGGCGUUACUGGAGUUACCGGAGUUACUGGUAAGGUGCCAUUCUGUCAGUACAGUAGCUCACCAAUGGUAAGUAAAACUUACAAACCACUCUCGGCUGUUUCCUCUCAAAACGUCAUCAGUCAACAAAAUAGUGCUGCUACAGCUGCAGAUGAUACGGCUGGCACCGAUGCUUCAACCGGUAUCGAUAAAGAGUCUGUGAAUAUCAUAGUGCCAAAAAAUCUGAGCUUCUCUUCAGUUGACUCGGCUCAAGAUGACAUCAACUCUCAACCCGACGUAGCAACCAAAGAGAGUGGUGUAUCUGAUCACAGCUCGUCGCGGGAGGAAUUAGAGCUGUAUAACUCUAACAGUCUUGUGUUAGAACCUGAGCUGAGUCGUGGUGAACUGGAACUGUCAAACUCACAGAGCAUGGUGUUGGAUUUGUCAAACUUGCAGGAAGGAGCUGGUAGUACUGAGGGGGUUGCUGAGGCGGGGGAGGCAGUGGUUGCUGAGACGGGGGAGGCAGUGGUUACUGAGACAGGGGAGGCAGUGGUCAUCGAGCCCAUUCUUCCAUCAUCCAUGCUGAGAACGUCAGAAAAAAGUCCUCCAUCUUCUCAGGUACUACGUCAUUUAGAGGCGUUGGAGGCAGUCAUAGAACUGGACAUUACAAUGCAGUCGAGUUCUGGAUUACACAGCACUCCGAGUGCGGUGCUAAGAGGCACACAGCGCCCUUCUCCAAACAGCACUGCUAAGCGGAGACUUGAUCUCAAUAACUCUCCACCUUCUCCUUCUUCUGAAACUGGGCGCCCUUUUAGUCUCAAUCUGACCGGGAUAUCUCCACAGAAAGUUGGAACACGGAAGCUCCCAGACCAGCCCUCUACUGCAACCACCCCCUCGAGUCCUACCCCCAGUAGUCCAUCAACCCCGCGCAGAGGUAUCUCAUUCUACGUAGAAGUGGAUAGUCCACGUUCCCCAAGACCAGGGCUUGCACGCAGGAACACCAUCGCUUCUCCUCACAGCUCUACGGACUUGUCUCGGGUUGUCAAGAAGGUCUCAUCUCCUCGCACCGACAGGAAAUCACCUGGACUACCAGGAAGGGCCCGAUCUAGUUCAGCCCUCCUCACCUCGACCCCUCUCUCUGUCAAGCCUCCUCCUGCUGAGAGCCCAUUGGUUGGGAGUGGAGAGGUUGUUGUUACUCCGAGGCGGAUCCGGAACGAGUCUUACAACACUGAUUGUAGCCUGGUUAUAGAAGAGCGAGCCAGCAAAAUAGCAGCCCACAUCAGAGGUUACCUUACCCGAGCCCUACUAAACAGCUACAAAGUUCAACAACACAUCAAGACGGUCCGAGAUACUCAGGAGAUAUUAUCUGGAUACGGACUUAGUUCGGAGAUGUCCGCUCAGGACCGUGCUUUUUACGACAGUUUAAAAGAGACGCUGCAACAGACAAAGGAACGAGUACACGCGAUCUUCUUUAACACCAGCAUAUCAGAUCAGAUGACUCUUAUUACUAACACGAGAUCCGCGCGACGAGAACUCCAACAUAAAGAGUUACAGGGAAAGCUGGUGAAGGCUGGAAGUGCGCGUAAAAGGCUGGCUAAAAAGACCGUCCGACAAAAAGCAUGGAUUUAAAGAAAACUGGAGAGAAGUUCUUGGAAGACCACUGGUGAGAAGUUCUUGGAAGAACACUGGGGAGAGUUCUUGGAAGAACACUGGUGAGAAGUUCUUUAAAGAACGCUGGAGGGAAGUUCUUUGAAGAUCACUGGAGAGAGUUCUUGGAAGACCACUGGUGAGUAGUUCUUUAAAGAACACUGGGGAGAGUUCUUGGAAGAACACUGGGGAGAGUUCUUGGAAGAACACUGGUGAGAAGUUCUUUAAAGAACGCUGGAGGGAAGUUCUUUGAAGAACACUGGAGAGAGUUCUUGGAAAAACACUGGAGGGAAGUUCUUUAAAGAACACUGGAAGGAAGUUCUU